GCAUCACACCGUAGCCCCACCACGCACACCUCCCCGACCACCACCGCCACCAUGGCCGCCGCCUCGCUCUCGCGCCUCUCCCGCCGGGCCGCGGCGCACCCCUCCCUCCGCCGCCUCCUCCUCUCCUCCUCCGCAUCGGCCCCUUCCCCGGCCGCGGCGACGCCUCCGCCGCCGCCCCCUUCCGCGGCCGCGGCCACCGCGCCGGGGGCGGAUCGGGUGCGGUGGGACUACCGCGGGCAGCGCCAGCUGGUGCCCCUGGGGCAGUGGAUGCCCAAGGUGGCCGUCGACGCGUACGUCGCCCCCGAGGCCGUGCUGGCUGGGCAGGUCACCGUCCACGACGGCGCCUCCGUGUGGAGCGGCGCCGUGCUGCGGGGAGAUCUCAACAAGAUCACCCUCGGCUUCUGCGCCAACGUCCAGGAGCGAUGCGUCCUCCACGCCGCCUGGUCAGCCCCCACAGGACUUCCUGCCGAUACCCUUGUUGACCGGUAUGUGACAGUGGGUGCAUACUGUCUUUUGCGCUCAUGUACUAUUGAACCUGAGUGCAUCAUCGGUCAGCAUUCCAUCCUCAUGGAAGGUUCAUUGGUUGAAACCAACUCUAUCCUUGAAGCUGGUUCUGUCCUACCCCCUGGCAGGAGGGUUCCGACCGGUGAGCUCUGGGCUGGCAAUCCAGCGAGGUUCGUUCGGAAGUUAACCAAUGAAGAGAUCAUGGAGAUCCCAAAGCUCUCAGUGGCUAUCAACGAUUUGAUGCAAAGCCAUUUUUCAGAAUUCCUCCCGUACUCCACUGCUUAUUUGGAGGUAGAGAAGUUGAAGAAGUCGUUUUCAAUUUCUCUAUAAGAUUAUUGAGCAUGUUUUUGGUCCGUUCUCAGCUAAAUGAACGAGGAAAUAAAGAGCCCAAAGUACCAGAUGUUUUGUAUUGAAUGUACCUUGUAACUUGGGUUGAUCUUACUCUUGAAUUUUCCGUUCAUUGUUGUUGUCAACUUGGGGAGGGCGUUAAGAACCGUGUUUGCACGAGACAUUGUUUUAACUGCCUGAUUUUACUUUCUCAGCAUUGUGUGUAUUUUCAGACUGGAAAA